AUGUCCCUGGACACAAUUUUCACAGUAUACUAUGCAUUUUACUUCAUUUUUUCUAUAUCUGCUCAACUUUUUGUACUAUUUUUGAUUAUAUUUCAUAGUCCAUCGAACUUAAAAGAUAUGAAAAAAUUAAUGAUGGCCACCUCGACUUCACAAAUUAUCAUGUGCCUAUCUGCGUUUUUGACACAAGUGAGAAUCGUCCCAAUUGACUCUUCAAUUGCUCUUCUUUCAUUUGGAUCAUGCACAUUAUUGGGUCAUCAAGCUUGUCUGGCGACAUAUAACAUGCUGAAUACAUCCGGAUGUCUUGUCGUCGCUUCUCUCCUCCACAUGAUGUUCUAUCGACGUCGUCUGCUGACGACGUUGAAAAAAUUUUCCAAUGGACAAUUUUUCUUCAACUGUGUCAUUGUCUAUUUUUUGAGUGCAAUUGUACUAAUUUUUUCAUUCUUGGGUCCAACGGAUUUCGAAUUCAUUCGAGCCCUGGUGAUUACAAAUUAUCCAUAUAUAGAUUUGAAUUCAUACACAUUGUCCGGAUUUUCAAACGUCAAACAUUUUUUCUGUUCAACUGCAACUGGUAUUAUUGCAGCACAUGCUUACAUACCACCAUUUGUAGCAUUGAUAUGGAGAGGAAAAAUCGUUUCUGAAAUCAAUUCUCAACGGUUAUCUUUGUCUUCUCGUACCCAGCUUCAAACUCGAAAUUUCGUCAAAUGUCUCACUUUUCAAACUUGUCUCCCAUUAUUUUUCUACGUUCUACCGUAUACAUUCUACCUCAUUCAACAGAUUUUUGGCAUUGGUUUUACGAUUACCGAAUAUUUAAUUUUCCCUCUAAACACUUUUUCCGCAGUUCUGGACCCAAUUUUUAUGUUAUAUUUCAUUAAACCAUAUCAACGAAAAGCGAAAAUCAUAAUUUCCGAAAUGUUUGGGCUGAGCAAUCUCGGGAAUUCGAGUACGGUAGCGACGGUGAAUAGCAACACCUCGCAGGUGUGA